GUCGCUCAGCGAGUGCGUGUGGUUCACGACGAGAAGCGGCAAGCGAUUAGUCGAGUGACUGACAUACACACACACGAAUGCAGUCAAUCGGUACACACACAAAAACGGGAGCCUGAGUCAUGUAAGGGAGUGUCCAUCAGUCAGUCAGUCUGUCUGUUUGUCAUUUGCUAUACAUCAGACGGUGACGGUCCAUCAGUGAUUGCGCCCCAGCCCGCAUCCGCCGACAAGCCGGAUACGACCCGUAUCGUCGUGAUCACUGACGGACUGCGCAGACGACCAAAUGGUACCGUAUCUCUUUUCUACACACACACACACACCUCCCUCCCUCCCGCUGUCUGUCUACGCAUCCAUCCAUCCAUCCAUCCAUCCAUAUCUCGUCUAUCUCCUGGCCUCGUAGUGUCCAUGUCCAUGCUCCUCAGAGGCCAUCUCGUCGGCCAUGUCCUGCGCGUCCUGCUCGUCUUGGCCAGCACCGCCACUCUCAUGACGAUCGGCCUGGCCCCCUUUGUCGUUGUUGACCGCGUUGGAAUGAAAUCUGUGCGCAUCGUGGCGCUUCAGACACCCGUUGAACUCGUUCCUUCGCCGACGGUCAAUCUCGCCACGCUCCAGCUGCAUUGCAUGCCACACACACACGCGAGAGCACCACACAUGCAAUGAGCAGAUGCUGCAGGGGAGAGGCUCGUGUGUGCGGGCGCUGCGCUCACCGGGUCGCUGACGUAGACCUCGUUGUAGCAGAUGGGCGACACGCACUUGUCGACACAACCGUCGUUUUCCUCGAUGGGCAGGUGGCCGCACUCGUUCCGGCUGCACGACUGACGACGGGUCCGCCACGCCUUGCUCUGAUCACAUCACAUCGCAUUCAUUGGGUCAACAAAAUGACUUCAGCAGGCAGGUGGCGUACCGUUUGCGAAUGAUGUGCGUGCGGCUUUGAGUGUGCCGUCAUCAGGAGAGGAGAAAGGCAUGCCAAGGCGAUGGAGAUCUUCA